AUGAAUGGCUUCGACAAUAAGGGCCUCAAUGAGGACACCUUCGGGGAAAAGUCUGGCGUCUCGGGGGUAAAGGCCUUUGACGCUUUCCCCAAGACAAAAGCCUCCUAUACAACUCCAAGCCACCGCGGUGGCCAAUGGACCGUCCUUAUCCUGCUCGUCUGCACGCUGUUCAGCUUCUCCGAGUUCAAAACAUGGUGGCGCGGCAAUGAACACCACCACUUCAGCGUUGAAAAGGGCGUGUCCCACGACCUCCAACUCAACCUCGAUAUCGUCGUAAAUAUGCCCUGCGACACCCUCCGCAUAAACAUCCAAGACGCAGCCGGCGACCGCGUCCUCGCGGGGGACCUCCUCAAGCGCGAAGAAACGAGCUGGCAGCUAUGGAUGCAGAAGCGUAACUACGAGACCCACGGCGGUGCGCACGAGUACCAAACGCUCAGCCAUGAGGACGAUGACAGACUCAGUGCGCAGGAGGCGGACGCUCACGUGCACCAUGUUAUUGGGGAGGUACGCCGCAAUUCCAGACGCAAGUUUGCCAAGGGGCCGCGUAUGCGCUGGGGUGAGGUCGCGGACUCUUGUCGCAUUUAUGGUAGUUUGGAGGGGAACAAGGUGCAGGGUGAUUUCCACAUUACGGCCAGGGGACAUGGGUAUAGAGAGAUGGGGACGCAUUUGGAUCAUUCCGCAUUCAAUUUCACGCAUAUGAUUACCGAAUUGUCCUUCGGCCCUCACUACCCAAGUCUGCUCAACCCUCUGGACAAAACUAUCGCCGAGACCAGCGCCCACUACUACAAAUUCCAGUACUUCCUCUCCGUCGUGCCGACCCUCUAUACCAAUGGCAAAAACGCACUCGACGCAUACACUUCUAACACACGAUCUGGACGGAACACUAUCUUCACGAAUCAGUACGCAGCAACCAGCCAGAGUGGCCCGAUCCCCGAGACGCCGAUGCUUGUCCCGGGAAUCUUCUUCAAAUACAACAUCGAGCCGAUCAUGUUGCUUAUCAGCGAGGAGCGGAGUGGGUUCUUGGCUCUAGUUAUCAGGGUCAUCAACACUGUUUCGGGUGUGCUCGUUACUGGUGGUUGGAUUUAUCAGAUUUCGGGAUGGGUUGGCGAGAUCCUGGUUAAGAGACGGAGGCAGACGGAGGGUGUUUUGACGGGAAAGCAUUAUUCGGAUUGA